UCCUUUUUCAGACGUAAAAGAUUUUUCACGCGAUUUCUUCACAUUUUGACCGUUUAGAAAUUUUGCGAGUGUUAUUUUAAUUAUAAAAUGGCGUAAAAUCACAUUUGGAAGCAUAUAACUUUAAACUUAAACAGUUCGAGUUAUUUAAACAAUUCUGUGUUAAUCGGCGUGGCGUAACCUUUUUUAGUUUGCCAGCGUGUCUCGCCCAGGCGAAAUAUAGAAGGGCUGAUCGUUUUUGGAUUUAGAACUUACCAAUUAGUUAUCUAGUUUAAGAUAUGGAAUUCCAGCAACCUCCUCCACUACCACAAACUGAUGUCUCUCAACCGCCACCUCAAUUGGCAGCACCGUCGGCGCUAGCCACAAAUGCAACACUAUUACCAUCACAAUCAGGAGGUGGUAGUUCGUAUGGCUCACAUUACCGCAAUCACUACCAUCCACAUCAUGGCGGCCCUGGAAAACCCGGAUACCCGUACUUCAAACCAUUCAAUCCUGGCGGUUUCCAGAGACCAUUCGGAAUGACACAGGAUGAUUUUGAUGGCAAGCGUUUGCGAAAAAGCGUUAUGCGAAAAACAGUUGAUUACAAUGCAUCCAUUGUAAAAGCAUUAGAGACACGUCUAUGGAUACGUGAUCAACGUGACCGACAUGCGCCACAACCCGAAAGUAUCUAUGUACCCGAACUUUUACCACCGUCCAGUUACAUGGACAACCCAUCAAAUGCAGUCACUACUCGAUUUGUCAAAACCGCUACGAAUAAAAUGCGGUGUCCGAUUUUUACGCUCGCCUGGACGCCAGAAGGCCGACGUUUAGUGACUGGCGCCAGUUCCGGUGAAUUUACUCUAUGGAAUGGGCUGACUUUCAAUUUCGAAACCAUAUUGCAGGCUCAUGAUGUUCCGGUUCGUACAAUGGUUUGGUCCCACAAUGACAGUUGGAUGGUAACUGGUGAUCACUCUGGCUACGUCAAGUACUGGCAAUCAAAUAUGAACAACGUGAAAAUGUUUCAAGCGCACAAGGAGGCGAUUAGGGGAAUAAGUUUCAGUCCAACGGAUAGUAAAUUUGUGAGCUGCAGCGACGAUGGCACACUGCGGAUAUGGGAUUUUCUACGCUGUCAGGAGGAGCGCGUAUUGAGAGGUCACGGUGCUGAUGUUAAAUGUGUGCACUGGCAUCCACAAAAGGGACUGAUUGUCUCCGGCAGUAAAGAUAACCAGCAGCCGAUUAAGCUCUGGGAUCCAAAGAGCGGCAGUGCGCUGGCCACACUGCAUGCGCACAAGUCCACUGUAAUGGAUUUGAAAUGGAAUGAUAAUGGUAAUUGGCUGGUUACCGCCUCACGCGACCACUUACUCAAACUAUUCGACUUGCGCAAUUUACGUGAAGAAAUGCAAGUAUUUCGCGGCCACAAAAAAGAGGCCAGCUCUGUGUCGUGGCAUCCCAUACACGAGGGUCUCUUCUGUUCGGGCGGCUCUGAUGGCUCAAUACUCUUCUGGAAUGUCGGCACCGAUAAGGAAAUUGGCUGUGUAGAGACCGCGCACGACAGCAUUGUCUGGACACUGGCCUGGCACCCGUUGGGCCACAUACUUUGCUCAGGUUCAAAUGAUCACACGAUCAAAUUUUGGACUCGCAAUCGACCCGGCGACUUGAUGCGUGAUAAGUACAAUUUGAAUACGCUGCCUGCGAGUUUGGCGGCGCUGGAUGAUUGCGAAUAUGAUGACGCUGUCAUUCCUGGCAUGGGCCCCGAGGAUAAAGUCGAAUUCACCGAAAGUCUCACUGCUGAUAAGGGCUUCAUUCCCGGUCUUGAUUUGGAUCCGUCGCGGUUAGGCGAUAAGAAAGUGCCAUACAGCAAACCCAUACCGCGCAACUUCCAAGCACAAUGGGCCGGCUCUCGACGCCCCGAGGAAAGCAACUUUCACGAUGAGUUGGCUAUGCGCGAGCCCAAAGAUACAAGCGGUUUGUCGCAUCAACAGAUUAGCGAGAGCGCCAUUGAGGGCAUGUUGGCCAGCGGCGUGCUCACCACAAUGGAUCCACAGGCUAUUGUUGGCAUGCUCGUUUAUAAUCGCUUCAUACGCGUACAUCCCGACUCGCGCGUCAUGGUGGCCAUACGACAGGGUCCCGAUUACUUGAACAAUUAUAUCGAUGCGGGCAAAUUGGACGAGCUGCGCGAUGUGGUCCCGAUUCGCGACCGCUCCCGAUCGCUGUCGCCCACUUUGGAGGGUCGAGAGAGUUCACCUCCUUCGAAGCGCUCACGCUUUGACAAUCGGCAACAUAGCGCCCAACUGGUAUGCGUACGUGAGCUGCUGAGUUUGAAGAAGCCGUUUUUGCCUUGUCUUUUGCAGCUGAAGUCGCAACAAGCACCGCCACAGAAGUCAGAGUAUGGCGAUGAUCCGCGCGAUUCUCCUCAGCAACCAAACUUUCAACAGCAGCAGUAUCCGCAACAGCAGCAGUCGCCGAUGCAACAAUCCCAGAGCCGACCUAGUCCAUGGGCCGUGGGUCCGCCCUUCCAACAACAGCAACAACAAACGCCUAAUCCGUGGAGCACAACGCCCAUGGGCGGGGGCCCGAACAUCGCUCCGAGCAUGGUGCCACCUCCCAACCAGAACGGCUUUAACGGCAACAAUGGGCCCUUCAAUGGUCCGAAUUUCAAUAAUGAUAAUAUGAAUUAUGGGGAGAACGGGAUGUUUCCUAAAGGCGGUGGCGGCGGGUCAGGGCCGGACGACAACAGUGGCGGCAUGCACACGACUAAUAUGAAUAUGAACAUGAAUAAUAGCAACAACAAUAUGGGCAACAACAACUUUGGUAACAAUCAGCGUCGUGGCAAUAGAAGAGGCGGGGGACGUAAUCGUGGUGGGCGGAAUAACCGACGCUUUUAGAUCAAGAAGUAAAGCUUCGAGAAAAAAAAAAA